GAACAUGGCGACGUGCGUUCCCUUCCAGAGCCAGCUGUCCUCCAUAAUGGAGGUCUUGGUGAAGGCAGCCGUGGCAGAAAUCUCCAAACUAGUCGAUGACAAAUGUGCGAUUUUCCACCUGGAGAUAUCCCGAAAACAAAGCGAGAACGAGAUGCUGAAGAGGAAACUGCUGCUGAUGGAGAAGGAAAACGAGCAGCUGCAGCGAGGACUGGAAAACUACAUGGAUCGAGGAACAGAUUUGAGAGGCAACAGUUUGCGUCCAACAAGAGAUAUUAAGUUUGCUGAGAUUCAAGACGCCAGCGCCUCUUUUACAAUUAAAGAAGAAAGUCCUGAUGAGGAGUUAUGGAUCAGUGGUUCUGCUGGUGCUGUUGGAGAUGCUGUGCAAUACCCUGAUACUGGUAAUGAUCCAGAGAACCAUCAGUUAACCCAAACGGAGGUCAUCAGACAAAAGCCUUCGGAGUUUGGUGACUCGUUUAACUCUGGUCCACAUCCAGCGGACAUGGGUGGUCUUCAGUUCACGGUCAAGACAGAGAAGGAGGAGGACCGAGUGUCCUUCAGGCAGGAUGGAUGUCAGCACAGCGUGGGGAAGCAGGCUCAGAUUGCUGCCGAGUAUCCCGUGGAUGAACGAGAGAAUCAGCUCUGGUCGUCUAUUAUCGAAGGUAACGAUAUCGACACAGGGUUUCCUGACUUCUCCAGCGUAGUCGAAGAGUAUUCCAGCUCCUUCUCGGAGCAUUCGGAUGCUACGAACGUGGCGUCUAACGCCAACAAGCCGCCUUGCGUUCAGCAGUGCAAAGGGAUUUACAGCAGUGAGUAUCAGAAGGAUCCUCAGCUGUUGAACUUUCAGCCCAGACAUCAAGCUGCUCUGCUGCAACCAGAUAAGAAGGCGCAAAUAUUCCUGCAGAGGAGCACGUCACGCUCUGCUCAGCCCGAGAUGGAGAUGGUCACUGAGGACAGAUCAGGUCUUACCGAGUCACUCAACACUUUCACACCGACUAAUUUCUACCCCCAUAAACCCCUGUCUGCCAUGACUCGGGGCUACAGCUGCUCCCAGUGCGGGAAGUCCUUCAGUCGCCUGCAUCAGUUCAGGCUACACCAGCAGAGCCACAAGAGGAAGCGAGCUUUCUGGUGCACGGUGUGCGGCAAGAGCUUUCAGUGUUCGUCCCACCUCAGCAUACACCACCGGACACACACGGGGGAGAAGCCGUACGGCUGCGGACAGUGUGGGAAGAGGUUCACACAGCAGAGCAGUCUGAGGGUCCACCAGCGCACGCACAGCGGGGAGCGACCCUACAGCUGCUCGCAGUGCGGGAAAACCUUCAUCCUGAUGCACCAUUUGAAGCGACACAGGAUCAUCCACACGUACAGCUGAGGCGGAGACGCGUCCAAAACUUUCGAAACCAAAUC